AUGCGUCUUGAGAACACGGUCUCCAAGCAGGCAAGCGACCAGCUGGAGAUCGAGAGCGGCAGCCGCACCCUCAAGGCCAAGGCAGAGCGGCUCGAGGAUAUUCUCAGCGAGCGCGAGAUCCACAUUGCCGAGCUCGAGGAGGCGCUGGCGUCGCGCAACUGCGACGUCUCGGAGCUUGAGGCCAAGCUGCGCACCGAGGAGACAACGCGGCGCCGGCUGCACAACACAGUCCAGGAGCUCAAGGGCAACAUCCGCGUCUUCUGCCGCGUGCGGCCGCUGGUGGGCGAGGAGAAGGCCAUGGCCGGUGCGCUGCCGCUUUCGUUCCCAGAGUGCGAGGAGAAGAACGAGAUCGAGCUUUCGCAGUCCAGCGAGAACGCGCUCGGCAAGACCACGGCCAGGGCGUUCCCCUUCAAGUUCGACCGCGUGUUCGCGCCCGACUCGACGCAGGACCUUGUGUUCGACGAGGUCUCGCAGCUGAUCCAGUCGGCGCUUGAUGGGUACCCGGUAUGCAUCUUUGCCUACGGGCAAACGGGCAGCGGCAAGACGCACACGAUGCAGGGCCCGGACGCCAUUACGUCGGCCAGGCCCGAACGCAAGAUCCUGGGCAUCAUCCCGCGCGCCGUCCAGCAGAUAUACGACAACACGAGCAAGCUGGCCGAGCGCGGGUGGGAGUAUACGCUCGAGGGCCAGUUUUUGGAGAUCUACAACGAGACGCUGCAGGACCUGCUCGUGCCGGCAGGCCACAGCGCGCAGCAGGGCGGCGACAGGCAGGCCAGGCUCGAGAUCUACCAGGACAGCGAGGGCCAUACGCGCGUCAAGAACAUAACCACGGUCGCGGUCGACAGCGCCGAGCGCGUGCACUGGCUGCUGGCGCGGGCAGCUGAGAACCGCACCGUCGCGGCAACGAACUGCAACGAGCGCUCUUCGCGGUCGCAUAGUGUGUUUACGCUGUACCUGCGCGGCAAGAACAUGCUGACCGGCGAGUCGUCGUCGGGUGUGCUCAACCUCAUUGACUUAGCUGGGUCAGAGCGGCUGUCCAGCUCGGGGUCCAAGGGCGACCGCCUCAAGGAGACGCAGGCCAUCAACAAGUCGCUGUCCAGCCUCGGCGACGUGAUCGCGGCGCUGGCCAAGGGCAGCCGCCACGUGCCGUACCGCAACUCGAAGCUCACGCACCUGCUGCAGGAGUCUCUGGGCGGCAACUCCAAGACGCUCAUGUUUGUGUGCGUCAACCCCAGCCCCGCCAGCGCGCAGGAGUCGCUGUGCUCGCUGCAGUUCGCGACCAAGGUCAACUCGUGCCAGAUCGGCACUGCCAAGCGCCAGGCCGCUGCGUGA